AUGAUUCCGCAAAAUACUUUCCAGAGAAUCUUUUUGCAUUAUCCAAUGCAGCAGAACUGUUGCGUUAAAGUUUUGGAUGAGAUGGAAUGGCAUGGUUAG